AUGGAAAGAGGCAGUUUCUUUAGAAGGAAUCUUCUUGUGCUCAUCUCCAUCACAUUAAUCUUCAUUAUCAUCAACGUCAUAAACAUGAGGAGACCCACCAUAAAGAUCCCAAAGCCACAAAAACCACCAGCUCCAUGUCCAUCACUGGUCUCUGAGCAGACCAUCACUCCACUUAAAAACACAUCACACUUCCUGGUGUCGGCCUACAUGGACCAGAGAGGGAAGGACUUUGAUAUUCGCAUUAUUGGCAUGUUUAAGAGAGACUCCAUCCAGCCUCUUCACUGCCUCUUUUGCUGUUCAGGCCAUUUUAGUCCAACAACUCCUGCAACAGUUUUACCUCAUUCAGAUCACUUUGGAUUCGCCUUCUGUGCCACCGAUGUGCUGUGCAAGAUUCCUCAGAACUGCGAUGCAACACAUGUCACUCUUCUGACUGAGCCCACCCCAGAAAAAGCCUACAACCAGGCCUGGCUUCCGAUAAGAAACAAAAAAGAGAAGUACAUUUUCAACUUCACUGUCUGCAUCUCUAACCUUUUUGGGGACUACAACAACGUGCUUCAGUUUACACAGGCUCUGGAGAUGUACAGGCUGCUGGGGGUGGACCGAGUGGUGAUCUAUAACACCAGCUGCGGCCCGGAUCUCGAUCGCCUUCUGCAGAGUUACAGUGACGAGGGUUUUGUGGAAAUGGUUCCAUGGCCCAUCACAGAGCAUCUAAAUCCAUCUCCUGGGUGGCUCUUUUCAGAGCAUGGAGGGGAUAUCCACUACUACGGGCAGCUCACGACCCUUAACGAGUGCAUUUACAGAUCUAUGGAGCGCUCACGCUUUGUGCUGUUAAAUGACAUAGACGAGAUCGCCAUGCCAUACCAACAUGAAAACCUGAUGUCUCUGAUGAACAUGCUGCUGGAACAACGUCCAAAUACUGGAGUGUUCCUCAUAGAGAACCACAUCUUUCCCAAGAAUUACUUUGAGCCAAGUGGGAAGUUUCACCUGCCUCAGUGGAGUGGGGUACCAGGUGUUAACAUGCUAGAGCACAUCUAUAAGGAAGAACCUGACAGACAAAUAUACCAUCCACAUAAGAUGAUUAUUCAGCCAAGGCUGGUGGAGCAGACUUCGGUGCAUGAAGUUAUCAAGAAUUUCGGACAACGAUACAAAGUUCCACCCGAAGUAUGUCGGCUGAUUCACGUUCGAGUCCCCCUGCGUGGAUUAAAACAAGAUCAACUUACUGUGGACAAUCGACUGUGGGACUUUCAGGAAAAACUUAUCCUCAAUGUGGACAAGGCUCUGAAGAAAGUGGGUCUGCUUUGAUAAGAAUCAGUGUUGUGUCAAUUGUUUUGUUGAUAUAAAUAUAAGGGAUAGAGCAUAUCGAAAGACAUAUCAGCCAAAAAAAAAACACAAUCGUUUUUUUCUGUGUGCCAAAACAUUUUCUAUUUUUUCUUUAAUGGAUGUUAUUUUUCUGCAUACUGAUGCAAUGCAUUGCAUUUACACUUAAAGCAAUGCCCGACAGUUCUAUGUCGUACAUAGAGUAAUUUGGAUGCACUAACAUCCCUUAAUCCUGAUGUUUUGCUGGGUGUGUGUGUGUGUUUUCCUCUGUAGCUAAAUGGCCAAUACGGUGUGAAAUCUCAUGUCUUAUUGAAAUUCAUGAAGGUUAAUAACUUUGUAAACUUUUUUUCCACAUUCCAUUCAAUUUAUUACUGUUUUACUGAUCAAUAAUGAUGCUGUUGCUCCGCUCCACCACCGGGAAUGCUAGAGUUUCACUUUGACUCCAGUGCUGCUGGACAAAUUAAGACCAGAAACUAUGGAAUUCUUGUCAUGUAACAUUUCCAACAAAAGUUAAAUCAUUGUCAAAACAGUUUUAGACUACAACCCUAAAUUAAAUUUCAUUUCACGUACCGGUGGACUUUUUAACCAGAACUUUCUGGAAAAGGAAAACAAUUGUACAUUAUAAUGAAAAACUCAUCUCAUUUUCAAAAAUUGUAUAAUUAAAAAUAAUGCUUGGUAGUUUAACUUUCCAAAAGACAGGCGCUCAAUACCAUCUGAAAGGAAGAGAUCCCAUAACAUCAAUGUCAUCCAAAAUAAAACAUAAGUCUGUUUUUAAUCAUUUUAUGCAUCAUCUUAUAUUUAAGUCCAUUUUAACACAUGUGAAAUUGACUCAAUUAAACUCGUGGAAAACAUUCACUGCAGAGUAUGAAUCCAUCCAUGUUUCUCUACAAAAAUGGAUUUUCUUUUUCACUCAUACGAUGAAAGAAGUUCAACUUCCCCAGCAAGUUGCAGCUGAAAUGCAAAUGAGUGACCUGGUAUGAGAUGUGGUGUUUUGCAUAAGCCUGCGCUCAGUCUGCCUCUCUUUAAAUUCCUGUAUACAUUUCAACUGGUGACAGCAAAUACAUUCAGGUUUGAUCUGCUUCAUACAGGUUCAACUCAACUUUCUCCAAAUGAGUCGGGAAUCUAUUCCUCACGUUUAGUUUGUGAAAGUCAGCGGGACAACGAUCUGCUUUCUUUAACAGUUCUUAGUUCUCGGCCAGAACUAGUUCCAGGGUCUAAACUCAUCUUACCAAAGGUGCUCACGGGGUUGUAAUUCUCACCAGGCCUGUUUUCUGACUCAGCAAGGCUUCUGCCUGCCAGCCGUCGCCAGGGGCAACACACUGCAGUCAAAACCCCCAGCUGGUUUGCCUCCCAAGUUUCUUCCUGGUAUUCUUUUGUCAUUUCUGAAAUAUGAAUGUAAUAUUCUCUGGUCUUUUUUUUUUUUAAAGCU